AUCAACUGCUAUGUGUGUCUUAAUUAUCUUCAUCACCAUCAUCAUCAUCUCACCGGAGGUUCUUUUAUUUAUUUAUUUAUUUAUUUUUCCAAGCACUGCUCAGCUCUGGGCUAUAGUGGUGUGGGGGACUGAAGCUGGGACUGUGGAGCCUCAAGUAUGAGAGUCUGUUUGCGUUACCAUUAUGCUAUCUACCCCACCCUCUUUUAUUGUUUUUAUUAUAUUUAUUUAUUGUGGCUAAAGGAAGAGGGAAAUUGAGAGGGAAGAGGAGGAAAGAGAGGAGAAGGAGAGAGACCUACAGCACUGGUUCAUGGUUCGUAAGCUUCCCCCUGCAAGUGGGGCCUGGGGGCGUGAACCCAGGUCCUUGGGCUCAAAUGGGUGAACCACAAGCCCAGGUCUUACUUUGAUUUUCUUUUUUGUUUUUUCUUUAUCGUAAGGGUGGAAGGUGGUGAAGCCCUGGACCAAAGUUUCCAGCAAGGGAUGGCACUGAGUGAGUCAGAGCUGAGUAGUGCUCUGUCCUCUCACAACGUAGGCUGGGAGAGUCACGCGUGAGCACUGAGCAGAAAGCUGUGGGAACUGCCUGUCUUGGGGAGACUACCAGACCUGUAACCCAGCAUCUGCUCCAUCAAGUGACAUUACAAUCGGGAAAAAGAGGUCAGGUGGCAGGAGGGAGCCGGUCUCCGACGUCAGGGGUGAAAGGUGGGUUCUGGUCUUGCCGGGUCCAGCGCAUGACCUCAGUGGAACAAGCACGGCAGGUGUGGCCUUCUGCGAGUCCUCACACGGCAGAUCUGGAAACUGAGGCUCAGGGGGCGAAGCGGCUGUGCCUCCGACCGGCGGGCAGGAGCUUGCUGAUGAGCCCUGCAGAGGGACACUGAGCUGGGGACACCGAGUGAGGGCUCCGGCCUGGCAGUCAGGGAGGGUUUCCUGGGGACCGAGGCUCCCGGGUGCAGCCUGCAGGAUAGGGGCCGGCUGGGUGAAGUGAACAGGCUCCCCUCCUCCCUCCUCAGCUUUUUUCUCCGCGGGCCUCCGGCUGCUGGCACCCACGGGCGCCCCCACCAUGGCCGAGGCGGCGGGGCAGGGCCCCAAGAACCCCUGUGUGUCCAGCGUGACGGUGCAGCUGGAGAUGAAGGCGCUGUGGGAGGAGUUCAACCAGCUGGGCACCGAGAUGAUCGUCACCAAGGCGGGCAGGCGGAUGUUCCCCACCUUCCAGGUGAAGAUCCUGGGCAUGGACUCGCGGGCUGACUACGCGCUGCUCAUGGACUUCGUGCCUCUGGACGACAAGAGAUACAGGUGCGCGGGCGGGGGAGGCUGGGGCUGCGGCGGCCCCGCUUGUGCCCGCGGCUGCCGGAGGGAGGGUGCAGCCGGGCGCCGCGGGCUCCGCUCCGUCCCCAGGUACGCCUUCCACAGCUCCGCCUGGCUGGUGGCGGGCAGGGCGGACCCCGCCACGCCGGGCCGCGUGCACUUCCACCCCGACUCGCCCGCCAAAGGUGCCCAGUGGAUGCGCCAGAUUGUGUCCUUCGACAAGCUCAAGCUCACCAACAACCUGCAGGAUGACAACGGCCACAUCAUCCUCAACUCCAUGCACCGCUACCAGCCCCGCUUCCACGUGGUCUUCGUGGACCCCCGCAGGGACAGCGAACGCUACGCCCAGGAGAACUUCAAGUCUUUCGUCUUUGCCGAGACCCAGUUCACUGCCGUGACGGCCUAUCAGAACCACCGGAUCACGCAGCUGAAAAUUGCCAGCAACCCUUUUGCCAAGGGCUUCAGGGAGAGCGGCGACUCGGACUCCUGGACUGUGUCCCCUCGGACACCGCUCGGCACCCCGGCCCAAAGCCUCAGCAGCUUCAGUCCCUGCCUGCUGAAGGGCCCCAUGGAGCAGGAGAAAGAUGCCAACAAAGCUGCAGCCUCCUCCUCCAGGACCCCUGCCCGGCUCCACCACCAGCUGCUGGCGCCGCCCCAGGCUCUGCUGCCCCCGGCCACCUACCGGCCCCUCACCUACCAGGGCCUGUACCCUGCAGCCUCCAGGGCCCGACCGACACCGUAUCCCCUCCCCAGUACCCAGGCUGACAGGCCCCAGGCGGACCUGUCCCUCUCGGCUGGGCUGGGGCUCCUGCCCCCCACCGCCCUGGGUCUGGGGCCUGGCCAGGAGCACCAGUGACGGUGGGAGCCCCUGGUCCCCACCUCCUCCAUCCUCACCUCUGGGGAGAGCCUCCCCCGCUAAGAGACAGAGGGAGGCCAUGGGCCCAGAGUGUCAACCCUGCUCGUCUGUUCUCUCCCUCCAGUAACAAUAAAACAACAGUAAACCAU